AUGCAUCCCGCUCUUCUCAUUUCAGAGGUUGUCGUCGCUAUUUUUGAUGCGCUUGACAAUACCACGUACCGCGACGUCCUGACCCGGCGGCAAACCCUAUCGGUUUUGGCGCGGACAUGUCUCGCGUUUCUCGACUCGGCGUUGGACUUGCUCUGGGAGGACCUCCCGGAUGUUCGAUAUUUGACCAAGACUCUGCCAGAAAGACCUGUGGAACUAGUUGCAAACGAGGCCGCAUAUACCCCAUCCGAAUGUUCCCGCUUUUUCUCAUACGCCGCCCGCAUCCGCAAAUUAGAAGUGUCUUGGAAGUCUCAGGCAGCGUACUCCGACCUCGAACCCCUUAGACUUGUUCCUCUAGAUUCUCAUCAUCCCCCAUUGUUCCCAAGGUUGAAAUCCUUGACCUGGUCGGACGACCGCCCAGGAAACGCCAUCUUUCUGCGUCUCUUCCUCGUGCCCUCGCUCCUCCAUCUACGGAUCCACUUCCUUUGGAAAACUGAACUCGUGUCGGUCGGGUGUCUCCGGGAUCUCGGCACCCUAUGUCCGCAGCUCCAGGCACUGUCGCUGAAAGACAGCCGGACGAGCUGCAUCCCUUCCAAGUUCGUGUGCUCGGUCAUACGCGGCUGUCACAAACUGGAGGCGAUCAGAUGUCAUGGAGUCGACGAGCCAACGAUGCGUCACCUCGCCAGUCUUCCUACUCUCAAAUGCGCGGAAAUCGACAUUCCGUGGCCUAGAAGCUUGAACCGGGGCGAAGAGCCAGAAUCGUCGGUCAUACAGCAAGGAUUUGAGAAUGCCACUUAUCUUCACCUCACAACCGCCCGCAUGGCACAUGUGACAAGCCUCUUUGCACAGAACCCGAAACGGCCGUCGCACGUCUGCGUCGAUGUCGGCGAAGGGCCAGAGAGUUGGGCUAUCUGGACGUUCUUCAAUACGCUUGUAUCCUCCCCUUCCUACUUCAACCUGACGCACGUCGUCCUCGAAUGCUGGGACACUAUCAACAAUGACAUUGUUGCCCGUCCGACGCGGGCAUGGUUCGAGUCGCUUACGCCGCUACUUUCGCUUCGACGACUCGAAGUCCUCAGCCUCGCCGUGCAAUGCUCGUUUGACUUCGCCGACGACGACUUGUCCCGGAUGGCCCAGGCAUGGCCCGAUCUGGAGGUACUCGUGGUCGAGCGAUACCACGACGACGAGCCCCCGCAUGCGACGCUCCGCGGCCUCGGGGCGUUCGCGCUGCACUGUCCGAAGACGCGGGUCAUCAGGCUCAUGGUCGACGCACUAGAAGCAGACGCCACGGGGCUAGAGGAUGUAAGUCCCCUGCCUCGCCUUUCGCGGGAGAAGCUCUGUCUCUCGCUGGGCAACUCGCGAAUCGGCGACCCGGAGGCCGUCGCGCGGGUGUUGACGGCGUUCUUCCCUGGCGCUCGGGAUGUGAACACGUGGGACGGACGCUGGAGCUAUCGGCAUGAGGAGUUUGCCGCGUACAAGGAUAGGUGGGAUAAGGUGAACGAGCUGCUCGAGUGGGGUGGGGGACCCCGGGAGGAGAGAGUGACGAUUCAUGAGGCGCUCAUUGCUGGUGAUAACACGGAUGGGGUGGUAUCAUAG